AGAGAUACCGAAAGCCCGAGGGGAAAGGGGGUUCCUUUCCUUUCAGUUUUCUAGUCUUGAUUCAUUGAUUCAGCUCCUUGCAGUGGGUGUAUGUGUUUUUGUGUAUAUAACCGUCUCUUUCCUUCACACCAAAAUCAAAAAUAUCUCUCCCAAACUCUCUCUUCCCUCCUUUGGGAUUCCAGUCCCAGAAGCUCUUUCUCUCUCUAUUCCCUCUCGCUGUUGAUUUUCAUUCCUAAUUCGUCGACACCCCACUUUCUAUUGAGGGAAUGGCUAAACAAAUUGUUCCCACACAACCGGGUGCUUCUUUUGAGUACGAGCUUCUUGAAGAUGAUCCCGACCACCCUACAACCGUUGUGGCCUCCUCAAGCCAGAUAAGUCCAUGGAUUGAACCUUCGAAAUUGAAACUUAGACACAGAAUCGGGAGGGGCCCAUUUGGGGAUGUUUGGUUAGCAACUCAUCAUCAGUCGACCGAGGACUAUGAUGAGUUUCAUGAAGUGGCUAUCAAGAUGUUACAGCCGAUCAAAGAGGAGCACACGAGGGCUUUGUUGGAUAAGUUUGCGGAAUUGUUUUCUAAGUGUCAAGGGGUAGGAGGUGUUUGUUGGCUGCAUGGGGUUUCGGUUAUAAGUGGAAAGAUAUGCAUCGUUAUGAAAUUCUAUGAGGGAUCGGUUGGUGACAAAAUGGCUUGCCUUCGUGGGGGGAAUCAUUCAUUGCCUGAUGUUUUGAGGUAUGGUAUUGAUUUGGCUCAGGGAAUUCUGAAACUGCACUCAAAAGGGAUUUUAGUGCUUAACCUUAAACCUUCUAAUGUGCUUCUUAAUGAAAAUGAUCAAGCACUUCUAGGAGAUUUUGGUAUUCCUUAUCUACUGGUUGGAAUCCCAUUGCCAAGCUCAGAUAUGGCUCGCAGGCUUGGAACACCAAACUAUAUGGCUCCAGAGCAAUGGCAACCGGAAGUGAGAGGUCCAAUAUCCUUGGAGACCGAUUCAUGGGGAUUCGGGUGCACCAUUGUUGAGAUGUUGACUGGUGUUCAGCCUUGGCGUGGGAGAUCUCUAGAUGAAAUUUAUCAUUCAGUUGUCAAAAAGCAAGAAAAGCCAUGUAUUCCCGACGGCCUUCCUCCACUACUUGAGAAUGUUCUUAUUGGUUGCUUUGAGUAUGACUUGAGGAGUCGUCCUUUGAUGACAGACAUAUUGCGUGUGUUUCAGAGCUUGAAGAAUACCAUCAACGAUGAUGGAGGCUGGGCAGGUCUUGGAAGUGGAUCAAUCUUGGAAAAAUCAAGUAACACUGGUUACACAGAGUGGUUCCUUUCAAAGGAUCAUCUGCAAGUGGGUGACACGGUGCGUUCCAGAAAGCCACCAAACUCGUGCAAACCUGAAAACAUGGAAGUCCCAGAAGGAACAGUUGUGGGUCUAGAACACGACACAGAUAGAGAUGGUUUUAUUUUGGUGAGGGUCCAUGGCAUCCAUGACCCAUUAAGGGUUCAUGUCUCAACUCUGGAGCGGGUCACAAUUGGCUUGGCAGCUGGUGAUUGGGUACGCUUGAAGGAAGAAGACAAGAAGUACUCACCAGUGGGUAUUAUUCAUUCCAUCAAUCGUGAUGGAACUGUGGCUGUUGGAUUUAUAGGGAUGCAAACUCUUUGGAAGGGAAGGUCUUCUGAGUUCCAGAUGGCAGAAUCUUACUGUGUGGGCCAGUUUGUUAGACUGAAAGCCAAUGCUUUGAGCCCUCGAUUUGAAUGGCCUCGUAAAAGGGGUGGCGCUUGGGCUACAGGGAGGAUUUGGUGGAUCCUACCCAAUGGGUGCCUUAUUGUCAAGUUCCCAGGGAUUUUGACUUUUGGAGAUGAGUUGACCCCCUACUUGGCUGAUCCAGCUGAAGUAGAAGUGGUUACAUUUAACACUUGCCCAGGGAUGGUAAAGAAGUAUCAGCACCUUGAGGAUUUUCACUGGGCAGUGAGACCACUUUUGAUUACACUGGGCCUAUUUACAGCCAUGAGGCUAGGCAUCUUUGCUGGAAAGAAAAUGGGGAUGUCGAAAGCGAAGAAGCGUCAGGCCAGUGCUAUACAAACAGACAGUGAACACAUGGAUAGCCAAAAUGCUGGCAACCCUGGAUGGAUCCCUCCAAAAGUGGCAAAUAUGCUUUUCAGAGAAGGUGUUAGCACUGUUCGGUAGUUUCUUCUGCUUACUUUAUUUGCCCCAAGCUAGUUAACUUUGCUACAAUGCUCAUAUAAAUUGGCGUAGCUGGGAUGUUAGCUAGUGCAGGGCAUUUUACUGACACUCUUGGCUGAAGUGCAAUAGAAUCUAAAUAUUUGUGCCAAAUGUUUAUUUAUAGCUUCAGCUCAAACAUACUUCUGGCUGUUCAUAAAAUUGUAAAGAUGCACUCAUGCUAGAUCAGUAAUAUGCUGUAAUUAUUCUUAUA